GCCUGCCCCUAAGAGAGGAAUUGAAGGUGUAGAGCGAAUGGUGAAAGAAACAGGGAGAAAGUGUUCUCAUUGUGGACAUAAUGGCCAUAAUUCCAGAACUUGUCACGGGAAGGGUUGUGUCAAGCUUUUCGGUGUGAAUAUAUCUACCGUGGAAAAGCAAGAAAGUUUCAUGAAAAAGAGUUUUAGCAUGGAGAGUCUGCGGUCUCAUCAUGCAGAAUAUAAUAACAAUGCUCCUUCUGUCGACGACGGGUACUUGUCUGAUGGGCAGAUUCACUCUAGGAAAAGCAACGCUGCCCGUGAAAGAAAAAGAGGGAAGCCUUGGACGGAAGAGGAGCAUAGAAUCUUCUUGGCAGGUUUGAGGAAGUUGGGGAAAGGUGAUUGGAGAGGGAUUUCAAAGAAAUUUGUAACCACUAGGACCCCAACGCAAGUUGCUAGCCACGCGCAGAAGUAUUUCCUGAGGCAGGCUGGGAAUGAUAAGAAGAAACGCAGGCCAAGCUUAUUUGAUAUGGCUUUUCAAGAACUCGAAUCCAAUGAAAGUCCUCCGGGUUCCGCCGCAGAACAAACUACUAGAGAUUCUUCUGACCAGGUUAAAGCACCAUCUCCGAUUGCGAACCGAUUUCCACAUCUUUGCUUGGAUGAUCGUCCAGUCACGUCCCUGACUGCAUCUCAUAGUUUUCCAACUUAUUAUCACAGGAUUCAACCCCUGCAGGCAGGAGGAGCUCCCAAUGGACAAGUCUUUCCAGAAGCUAAAAUGAUGCCUUCACUGCCAUUUCUCCAUGCAAUGAAUUAUGCAGGGCUGCAUUAUGGUUACAUGGCUAAAGCUCUAGGGUGCGCACCUGCUGCUCACCCGUCUGGUAUACCUUCGCCAUGGUCAGUUCAGCACAGCAUGUUUCGAGCAGGCCCUGGUGCUUCACCAGCAGAAAAAGAUCUUUUGGAGCUUAAGAUUGGGCCUCCUCAAUCAUCAAAAAAUACAAGUAUGCUAUCUCAGGCAUCAUCGAUUAGUGUGAUUUGAAAUAAAAAAGUUGUCUAGUAAUGUUGAUUUAUUCA